CAGCCGGGUCCCGCCCGCCGCGCUCCCGCUGCCGCUCCGCUCCUGUUGCGCUCGUCCCCCGGCGGUAAUUCGUGCUGCGCCACAGGCAUGGCGGCGCUGACCGUCAAAGCUUACCUGCUGGGCAAGGAGGAGGCGGCCCGCGAGAUCCGCCGCUUCUCCCUCACGGCGCCCGUGCGCUACCAGCACAUCUAUGACCGCGUCUCAGAGCUCUUCCAGGGGCUGCUGCGGGCCGGGCCGCCGCCCGCCUUCCGCAUGCACUACAAGGAUGAGGACGGAGACAUGGUCGCGUUUUCCACCGACGAGGAGCUAGAGAUGGCGCUGCCUUACGUGCAGGACGGCGUACUUCGUGUUUACAUCAAGGAGAAAAAGGAGUGCCGGCGGGAGCACCGGGCGCAGUGCAGCCAGGAGCCCCCCCGUGACAUGGUGCACCCCAACGUCAUCUGCGAUGGCUGCGAGGGACCCGUGGUGGGGGCCAGGUUCAAGUGCACUGUCUGCCCAGACUAUGACCUCUGCAGCACCUGUGAGGGUAAAGGCAUCCACAAGGAGCACAACAUGGUGAUGUUUCAGAGUCCGCUGCUGAAUCCGUUCCAGUGGCUUCCCCGAGGACGCUGGCUCCGUAAGAUGCGGCACGGUGUCCCCCCCUUCCCAUGGAUGCACUGCUGGGGCUAUCCUGGCCCUGCAGCUCCGUGCCAAAACUCUGAACAAGCCCAAGCCAGUUCUGCGGCCUCCGGUCCACCUGCUGCAGAAGAGGCUUCUACUAACAGCCAGCCUCAGGACCCCAAUGUCACCUUCUUAAAGAAUGUUGGGGAGAGUGUCGCAGCUUUUCUGAGCCCCUUGGGUAUUGAAGUUGAUAUUGAUGUGGAACAUGGAGGUCAGAGAAGCAAAGUGACUCCUUCUUCCAGUCAAGAGCAGCAGAAUGCUGAGUCAAGCAGCAGCAUUCCUAACCAGAAUGUUCAGACCACACCAGACUGGAAUAACACGGGUUCUACUACAGAAGUAAAUACUGUUUCAGAGCAGAUACAAGACAUGGUAAUAGAUCCUGUGCCCACACAAAUGGAAGAUGGCACCUUCCAGUCCCAGGAACACAGUGAGUCCAGUAGUUCAUCGGGGUGUGAUGAGGACUGGACCCACUUAUCUUCCAAAGAAGUGGAUCCUUCCACAGGUGAAUUGCAGUCUCUGCAAAUGCCAGAGACGGAGGGUCCCAGCUCCCUGGAUGUAUCCCAGGAUGUUCCCCCACCUGGACCUACAGGACUGCGAGAAGCUGCACUCUACCCACAUCUCCCACCAGAAGCAGACCCUCGCCUCAUUGAAUCUCUGUCCCAGAUGCUCUCUAUGGGCUUCUCUGAUGAGGGGGGAUGGCUCACUCGGCUCCUGCAGACCAAGAACUGCGACAUUGGGGCAGCACUAGAUGCCAUCCAGUAUUCCAAACAGCCACCUAACUUGUAGUAGUCUGUGUAACAAAGCACUUCUCGCUGAAAACAGAUAAUGCAGUACAACUCACUCAGCAGUUCAUCCUUCUUCCUGCUAAAGGUUUCUGUCUCAUUCCUCAGUGCUUGUAGAAUGAAGGAAAAAAUAAAUACUACUUCCUGUAA